UCGCCUCGGCGGGGCGCGCAGCGUAAACACGGAGAAACUUCGCCGAACGCGAGAAGUAAGUUUCUUCAGCGUAAAGCGUCUUCGCGGGUGGAUAGAGACGAUAAUACAACACACACGACACGUUCGUUGAUUUGGCUUUGAGUCCGCGACCGGCUGCGAGGCUUUAAUUCGCCCGAAAUGACGCGUAGGUAACGUUGUAGCUUCGAUAGCUAACUAGCGUUAGCUGUCAGGACUGCGGAUUCAGCGGUGAUCCGACGGCGGCAGAGGCUACGCGGAGUGUCUGUCUGAGGAGGUUUUCACGCUUCAGUCUUAAAUAAAAUCACCCCUGGCGCUGUAACCGGCUGGGUGGUGUAUUAAAUAUGUUAGUUAGAUUAGCGAGUAGCUGUUAGCUCAGCUAGGUUGGCUAGGUUGCCCAUAGUUACAACCAAAAUAAUAAGCAUAUCUCGCCUCACUGGCCUCUGCGGUGACCUAACGCGCUGUGUUACUGGACUAGAGUAGAUUAUAACUGUAUAUAGGGUAUUUGUGUGUGCAUUAAAGUCUGAUUUGAACAUGUCUAAACUGAAAAACUAAGAUGGGAAAGCACCAAAGUUGGGUCUAAGUACAUAUAGCUUUAAGUACAUCAUAUAUAUAUAUAUAUAUAUAUAUAUAUAUAUAUAUAUAUAGUGAGCAGCUGUUGUAGGUUAAUGAUGAGCAGUUCCAAGCUUGUCAGCGAUGAAAUGAUGAAAUUGGACCUGUUUCUUUGAGGCACGCCAGAUAGACACGUGCAGGGAGCUGUUGUUGUAAUGAUGGGCAGUUCCAAGCCAGAUAUCCUGUGGUCUCCACAUCAUGCGGAUCGCUAUGUGAUCUGCGACUCCGAGCUUAGUCUGUAUAGAAUUGGAGCUGUUGGGACUUCAGAGGCCAAAGCUGGCGCCCUGCUGCUGUCUGAGGAGACUGCGGCCACCUUGCUGGCCAUUAACUCCGACACCCCUUACAUGAAGUGCGUGGCCUGGUACCCGAAGCAUGAGCCGGAGUGCUUGCUGGCUGUGGGUCAAGCCAAUGGGAGAGUGGUGCUCACCAGCCUGGGCCAGAGCCACAACUCUAAAUGCAAGGAGCUGGUGGGUAAGGAGUUUGUGCCCAAACAUGCACGGCAAUGCAACACCUUGGCGUGGAACCCUGUGGACAGCAACUGGCUGGCUGCUGGUCUGGAUAAGCACCGGGCCGACUUCUCAGUCCUGAUCUGGGACAUCAGCAGUAAAUAUUCUCCUGAGGCCGUACCAGCUGAGAAACUCCGCCUGUCUGGUGAUGCUGACUCCGGUAUGGUGGUUACGAAGCCGCUCUACGAGCUGGGACAGAACGACGCGUGCCUGUCCCUCUGCUGGCUGCCCCGCGACCACCAGAAGCUGCUGCUGGCGGGCAUGCACCGCAACCUAGCCAUCUUCGACCUGCGCAACACUAGCCAGAAGACCUUCGUCAACACCAAGGCCAUCCAGGGGGUGACGGUGGAUCCAUACUUCCAGGAUCGUGUUGCAUCAUUCUUUGAGGGUCAGGUGGCGAUUUGGGACCUGCGCAGGUUCGAGAAGCCCGUCUUCACAUUGACCGAGCAGCCUAAGCCGCUGACCAAAGUGGCGUGGUGCCCAACACGUAUGGGCCUGCUGGCCACGCUUACGCGCGACUCCAAUGUCAUCCGCUUGUACGACAUGCAGCAUGCGCCCACACCCAUCGGGGAUGAGACGGAGCCCACCAUCAUCGAGCGCGGUGUACAGCCAUGCAGCGAGAAUGUGAUCAGCAGCUUUGCCUGGCACCCGUCCACUCAGAACCGCAUGGUGGUGGUGUCGCCCAACCGGGCCAUGAGCGACUUCACCGUCUUCGAGCGCAUCUCUCUGGCCUGGAGUUCCACCACCUCGUUAAUGUGGGCCUGCGGGCGGCACCUGUACGAGUGCACUGAGGAGAGCACGGGAGGUGGAGCUGCCGAGAAGGACAUUGCCACUAAGAUGAGGGAGCGCGCUCAGUCGCGAUAUGGCCAUGACACCGUCCAGCUGUGGAGGAACCAUCUGCUCGCUGGGGGCACCGACCCCCAGCUGAGGUCCCUCUGGUACACGUUGCACUUCAUGCAGCAGUACACUGAAGACUUGGAACAGAGGCAGCAGGGAAGCAAGCAGUCUCUGAUCUACUCAGGCAUCAAGAACAUUAUCAAGUCCAGUUCUGGCACUACGGAGUCGCGGCGGUGCUGGAAGGGUUCGGAUAGGCCCACAGACGUCGCCCAGUAUCACAGUGAGGAGCGCAGCCUGGCCCUGCAGCUGUGCGGCUGGAUCAGCUGUGGGCCAGAUGUCGAUGUGGAACCCUUCCUGAAGUCCCUGGAGCAGGAGGGCGAGUGGGAGAGGGCUGCCUCUGUGGCCCUCUUUAACUUAGACAUCCGGCGUGCCAUCCAGAUCCUCAAUAAAGGGGCCUCAGCAGAGAAAGGUGACCUGAACCUGAACGUGGUGGCCAUGGCUCUGUCAGGCUACACGGAUGAGAAGACUUCUCUGUGGAGGGAGAUGUGCAGCUCUCUGAGGCUGCAGCUGAAGAAGCCCUACCUGUGUGUGAUGUUUGCUUUCCUCACCAGUGAACCGGGGUCCUACGAUGCUGUGCUGUAUGAGAGUCGUGUGGCUGUCAGAGACCGAGUGGCCUUCGCCUGUAUGUUCCUAAAUGACAAUCAGCUGCCUCGUUACAUAGACAAACUGACCAAUGAGAUGAAGGAGGUGGGGAACCUUGAAGGCAUCCUACUGACGGGGCUGACGAAGGACGGCGUGGAUCUGAUGGAGAGCUAUGUAGAUCGCACAGGAGAUGUUCAGACAGCCAGUUUCUGCAUGCUCAGGGGCUCCACACCUGAAGUGGUGAAGGAUCCGCGAGUGCAGUGCUGGAUCGAGAACUAUCGCAAUCUGCUGGAUGCCUGGAGGUUUUGGCACAAACGGGCUGAAUUUGACAUCCACAGGAGCAAACUAGACCCCAGCUCCAAGCCUCUUGCUCAGGUGUUUGUGAGCUGUAACUUCUGUGGAAAGUCGAUAUCGUUCAGCUGCUCCGCCAUGCCCCACCAGGGCCGCGGCUUCAGCCAGUACGGGGUCAGUGGUUCCCCCACCAAGUCAAAGGUCACAAGCUGCCCUGGCUGCCGGAAGCCACUGCCACGCUGCGCCCUCUGCCUGAUGAACAUGGGAACUCCGGUGUCCGCUUGCACAGGCACAGGGAAGUCUGAUGAGAAAGUUGACCUGCCAAGAGAUAAGAAACUCGCCCAGUUCAACAACUGGUUCACCUGGUGCCACAACUGUCGCCAUGGAGGCCAUGCUGGCCAUAUGCUUAGCUGGUUCAGAGACCACAGCGAGUGUCCGGUCUCAGCCUGUACCUGCAAAUGCAUGCAGCUGGACACCACAGGCAACCUGCAGCCAUCAGACAAUGUAUAGCAGUAAAGCUACCUACACUCCACCCCUGAUUUCCUGAGGAGUCGUACCUGUGAGAGCGGCCAGUCCCUGGACAGGCAGAGAGUGGCUUCUCAGUGUCGUGUCGGACCGGUCUGCUGCUCACCCACAGAGCACUGUGUUUAUCUACCUCCUCAGGUCCUCCAAGACAGUGCCAUGGAUGGAAGAGGAAUCAUGCGAAGAGCUGAAAUGAGACCCUACCAGCAAGUCAGAUAUGGAAAGGAAGGCGUCGGCAAAAUGGGCUUUUUUUUUUUUUAAAUUAAACAACUUCAUUACCUCAACAUUAGUGGUGAACAGAAGCCGAUUGUAAUGUUACCGUAGUACUAAUCUGUGGUGUUUUUAAUGAACAUGGUUUGUACACUGUAUACAGUUUAUAUACAAUUGCUGAUCAAUAUUCUGACAACAAAAAGAAUGUUUUGAAGUGCCAUUUUAUUAACAUGCGCAAUAACUUUUCCCCCCUAUUGUAAAAUGUUGGAUGUUUAGAUGGAACAUUUACUUCUUAAGCAAGUUGUGGUGAAGGAUCUUUUAGUUGUGGAGAAAAGCAGUGCUGUACAUUUAAUACACCAUCUCUGUUGGAAA